AUGAAUGGUCCCAAGAAGAAGUCAUCACUUAAAGUUGUUCACAGACAUGGUCCAUGUUCGCAACUAAAUCAAGAUAAGGCCAAUACUCCAACUCUCACUCAGAUUCUUUCUGAUGAUCAAUCUCGAGUCAACUCAAUUCAUGCCCAACUCACCCUCAACUCGGGCAAAAUUAAUCUCCGACACUCAAAAGCCACUCUCCCAUCACAAUCCGGCAGCGUACUCGGGUCCCCCAACUACAUCGUUACCGUUGGACUGGGGUCCCCAAAGAAAGACUUGUCCCUCAUCUUCGACACUGGUAGUGAUCUCACCUGGANGCACAAUCCGGCAGCGUACUCGGGUCCCUCAACUACAUCGUUACCGUUGGACUGA